ACUUAGUGUGACACCCAGCGGAAGUAAACAACAGUCGCGCCUCUUUGGUAGCGCUUAUAGCUAGUUGAAUGCCCAAAUAGCUGGGCGACUAGCUAUAUCAAAGUCAUAGUGUAAGUGCAGAUAAUUAUUUCACUUGUAGCCUAAAUGAGCAAAAAUGUCUGCAGUUCAGUAUAUGAGACAGUUUGUCAACGAGCGACUAACUGCUGCUGCUGAAGAAAUAUUCGGAGUUUUUGAAAAAACUAUCAUCGAGUACGAAGAAGAGAUCGAUCGUCAGCGCAUACUGCUGGAUGUCGUUUGGAAACCUGAAAUCAAGUUACACAGGAUAGAGCUCCCACAGCAAUAUGUCUGUAAGGAGGAGGAGGUUCUCACUGACCAGCAGCAGCUCUGUAUUCAGGAGAGGAACUCCAGUGUGGACCAAGAGGAGCCAGAGCCUCCACAGAUUAAAGAGGAGGAACAGGAGGAACUAUGCACCAGUGAGGAGGGAGAGCAGCUUGUACUGAAGCAGGAGACUGAUGCCUUUAUGUUGACUCCUACUUACGAGAAAAGUGAAGAUCAGACUCUGACUUUGUGUAAAAGAUUCACUGAUACAUUGAACGGUCAUAAAAGAACCCACACAGGUGAGAAGCUGUAUUCUUGCGAAACAUGUGGGAAAAGAUUCAAUUACCUAUCAUCUUUGAACUAUCAUAUAAGAACCCAUACAGGUGUGAAGCUGUUUUCUUGUGAAAUAUGUGGGAGAUGCUUAAGUUCGAUAUCAUCAUUGAAGAUUCCUAUGAGAACCCAUACGGGUGAGAAUCCAUAUCCUUGCAAAACAUGUGGGAAAAGAUUUCCUCAGGUGUCAUCAUUAAACUAUCACAUGAAAACCCAUACAGGUGAGAAACCAUAUUCUUGCCAAACAUGUGGGAAAUGUUUCCGAGCUAGCAGUCACUUAAUAGGUCACAUGAGAAUGCACACAGGUGAGAGGCCAAACCUUUGCAAGAUCUGCGGCAAAGGAUUUUGUGCCAUUUCAGGUUUGAAAAGACAUAUGAGAAUCCACACAGGUGAGAAGUCUUAUACUUGCAAAACAUGUGGGAAAGCUUUCAGAUGUAGCAGUAACUUAAGAAGCCAUAUGAGAAUCCACACCGGUGAGAAGUCUUACACUUGCGAACCAUGUGGGAGAUCUUUCAGAUGUAUCGGGCACUUAAGAGGCCACGUGAGAUCGCACACGGUUGAGAGGUUGAACAACUGCAGCACAGAGGUCCCAGUUGUUGCACCCAUUCAGGUCAGAAGCUCUAUAAUUCAAAAACAUGUGGAAGAUAUUUCAGAAAACUAGUUUUUUUAUGUAUGGUGGCAGUAAGAACUUCUCCUGUAUAUAUGCCCUUCAAGUUGAGACAGGAGAAAUGCCACUGGGUUUAUGCAGGAAACAGCUUUGGUCAAUUAUUGGAUACAUUUAGUGGUCAUGGAGACAUACACCCAACCAGGCCUGCUAUAGGCCAGCUGGGAGAGGGAGAGGACAUCAAAAUCAAGUUUUUUGCUGGACAGGAGAUGCAGCAGCAAGAGAUUUGGGAGUAUUUGGAAAGGUUUAUUUUCCAGAAACACUGUUGGUAGAGAGAUGGGAGGUACACUUUUUGGUUUUAGUUUUGGAAUGGUUUACUAAGGGAUCGGGGGCGAAGAAAGAAAGAAAGAAAAAGGGCUAAAUCUGUGAUGUGUAAUGUUGUUAAUCUUGUGCCUUUCUCAAUAAAAAAUGUAUGGACUAAAA